GAUUCCUGCAGGGAGGGAGGAGAGAAGGGCGGCAGUGGGAGGGGGAGGUACCUGGAACUGGGAGUGAUGUCAGCUCCCAGCUCGGUGCCUGCCCGGAUUCCUGACAUGGUGUAGUGCAGGCAGGGUGGGGAAGGGACGGGCAAGGACUCGUGUGCUGCGAGCCGGAGGCCGGGCCGGAGUGCUGGGGCUUUGAACUCCGAGAGGAGGUGGACCAGAACUUUUGGAACUAGUGCCGGUGGCUCUCCACCCCCCAGUAUAAAAGAACGUGUGGAUCACUUUGCUAAGUACAUCCAAGAUUUGAAGAACUGAAAUAAAUCAGCAUUAAACCUGCUUUUUAAAAACAUCUGGGUUGGAAUUUGCCCCCGACAAAUAAGAAAAUGAUGAGUGAUGCAAGUGACAUGUUGGCUGCGGCGUUGGAGCAGAUGGAUGGUAUCAUAGCAGGUUCUAAGGCCCUGGAAUAUUCCAAUGGGAUUUUUGAUUGCCAAUCUCCCACCUCUCCAUUCAUGGGAAGUUUGCGAGCUCUGCACCUUGUGGAAGACCUGCGUGGAUUGUUAGAGAUGAUGGAAACAGAUGAGAAAGAAGGCUUGAGAUGCCAGAUCCCAGAUUCAACAGCAGAAACGCUCAUUGAAUGGCUUCAGAGUCAAAUGGCAAAUGGACACCUACCUGGGAACGGAGAUGUGUAUCAAGAAAGGCUGGCACGUUUAGAAAACGAUAAAGAAUCCCUCGUUCUUCAGGUAAGUGUGUUAACAGACCAGGUGGAGGCUCAGGGAGAGAAGAUUCGAGAUUUGGAGUUUUGUCUUGAAGAGCACAGAGAGAAGUUGAAUGCCACAGAAGAAAUGCUGCAGCAGGAGCUUCUAAGUAGGACAUCCUUAGAAACUCAGAAGUUGGAUCUGAUGGCUGAAAUAUCUAACUUGAAGUUGAAACUGACAGCUGUAGAGAAGGACAGAUUGGAUUAUGAAGAUAAGUUCAGAGACACAGAGGGGCUGAUUCAGGAGAUCAAUGAUUUGAGGUUAAAAGUUAGUGAAAUGGACAGUGAGAGACUUCAGUAUGAAAAAAAGCUUAAAUCAACCAAAUCUUUAAUGGCCAAACUUUCUAGCAUGAAAAUCAAGGUGGGUCAGAUGCAGUAUGAAAAGCAGCGGAUGGAACAAAAAUGGGAGUCACUGAAGGAUGAACUGGCAUCUUUAAAAGAACAACUAGAAGAAAAGGAAUCUGAAGUGAAAAGGCUACAAGAAAAAUUAGUUUGCAAGAUGAAAGGAGAAGGGGUUGAAAUUGUUGAUAGAGACAUCGAAGUACAAAAAAUGAAAAAAGCCGUGGAGUCUUUGAUGGCAGCAAAUGAAGAAAAGGAUCGGAAAAUAGAAGAUCUUCGACAGUGCCUGAACAGGUACAAGAAAAUGCAAGAUACGGUGGUACUGGCCCAAGGCAAAGAUGGAGAAUAUGAGGAUCUGCUCAAUUCCAGUUCCCUCUCCUCUUUGCUGGAUGCACAGGGUUUCAGUGAUCUGGAGAGAAGUCCAUCACCCACUCCAGUAACGGGAUCUCCCAGUCGUGACCCAUUUAACACAAGUGUUCCCGAAGAGUUCCAUACCACCAUCUCGCAAGUUUCCAUCCCUUCAUUACUGCCAGCAACUAUAAACAUGGAAACUUCUGAAAAAUCAAAGUUGACUCCUAAGCCAGAGACUUCAUUUGAAGAAAAUGAUGGAAAGAUAAUCCUUGGUGCCACUGUUGAUACCCAACUGUGUGAUAAUCUUUUAACUACAAGUCUGCAAAAGUCCAGCAGCCUGGGCAAUCUGAAGAAAGAGACAUCUGAUGGGGAAAAGGAAUCUAUUCAGAAGACUUCAGAGGACAGAGCUCCAGCAGAAAGCAGGCCAUUUGGGACCCUUCCUCCCAGACCCCCAGGGCAGGACACCUCCAUGGAUGACAACCCCUUCGGCACUCGAAAAGUCAGAUCUUCCUUUGGCCGGGGCUUUUUUAAAAUCAAAAGUAACAAGAGAACAGCAAGUGCACCAAACUUGGCUGAAACAGAAAAAGAGACAGCAGAGCACCUAGAUCUGGUUGGUGCUUCUUCUCGGCCAAAAGAUUCACAGAGGAACAGUCCCUUCCAGAUACCGCCUCCAUCUCCAGAUUCCAAAAAGAAAUCCAGAGGUAUCAUGAAACUCUUUGGAAAACUUAGGAGAAGUCAAUCAACUACAUUCAACCCAGAUGACAUGUCUGAGCCUGAAUUCAAAAGGGGAGGGACAAGGGCAACCGCGGGGCCCCGACUGGGUUGGUCUCGAGACUUGGGACAGUCUAACAGUGACUUGGAUAUGCCAUUUGCCAAGUGGACCAAGGAGCAGGUUUGCAGUUGGCUGAUGGAACAGGGCUUGGGCUCGUACCUGAAUUCUGGCAAGCACUGGAUUGCAUCUGGCCAAACGCUUUUGCAGGCUUCUCAACAAGAUCUAGAGAAGGAACUUGGAAUCAAGCAUUCACUUCAUCGAAAGAAACUCCAGCUGGCACUCCAAGCCCUGGGAUCUGAAGAAGAAACCAAUCAUGGGAAGCUGGAUUUCAACUGGGUCACUAGAUGGUUGGAUGAUAUUGGCCUCCCUCAAUAUAAGACCCAGUUUGAUGAAGGACGGGUUGAUGGUCGAAUGCUACAUUACAUGACUGUUGAUGACUUACUCUCUUUGAAGGUUGUGAGUGUGCUUCACCAUCUCAGUAUCAAAAGGGCCAUCCAGGUCCUGAGGAUCAAUAACUUUGAACCAAACUGUCUACGGAGGCGGCCAUCUGAUGAGAAUACCAUCGCCCCAUCAGAAGUUCAGAAGUGGACUAACCAUCGAGUGAUGGAGUGGCUGCGCUCCGUGGACUUGGCAGAAUAUGCCCCCAAUCUCAGAGGCAGUGGUGUCCAUGGUGGGCUCAUGGUUCUAGAGCCUCGUUUUAAUGUGGAAACAAUGGCUCAGUUAUUGAACAUCCCACCCAAUAAGACUUUGCUGCGAAGACAUUUGGCCACUCAUUUCAACCUUCUGAUUGGGGCUGAGGCACAGCACCAGAAGCGAGAUGCCAUGGAGCUGCCGGAUUAUGUACUUCUAACAGCUACUGCCAAAGUGAAGCCAAAGAAACUUGCCUUUAGCAAUUUUGGGAAUUUGAGAAAGAAGAAACAGGAAGAUGGUGAAGAAUAUGUUUGUCCAAUGGAAUUGGGACAGGCAUCAGGAAGUGCAUCUAAGAAAGGAUUUAAACCUGGUUUGGAUAUGCGCCUGUAUGAGGAAGAUGAUUUGGACCGGUUAGAGCAGAUGGAAGAUUCAGAAGGGACAGUGAGACAGAUAGGUGCAUUCUCUGAAGGCAUCAACAAUCUGACGCACAUGUUAAAAGAAGAUGACAUGUUUAAAGAUUUUGCUGCCCGUUCCCCCAGUGCCAGCAUUACAGAUGAAGACUCAAACGUUUGACCGUAGCACUUGGAUGAACAUCAGGAGUGCUUAGUCUUUCUCCUACUUGCUUUUCCAAACACUCACAGUAUAUACAACAGGCAGCGGAUUGUCUAUUGUUUGUUGUUCCAACUUCUGCUGUCGAGAAGUUUAAACAGAAAGCAAGAGUAAUGUGCCGAUUCUGAAGUUGCCACAAAAAAUAAGACACUGGUGAAUGAGAGUAUAAUUGUUUUUCUUCUAUUUAAUGUAAAAAUCUGUGAUAUAUUAUAUUUAAAGUGUUGCAUUUAAGAUUAGUAUUUUACCAGAGGGUUUCCAUUCACAUCCGCAAUAUGGAGGACUUGGGGGACAGUAACCAGGAUGUGAAUGAUUUUGUUACAUCAGUGUUCACUGUAGCCACCUAAGUAGGACAUUAUAUGAUUUCAGAAUCAAUAUGUGGAACUUCUUUAAGCAUUCAGUGUGCCCACUAAAUGCCAGCCACACCUCCACUUGCCUCUUAUUGUCUUAUUUUUAUAUAUUUUUCUAAAUAUAUGUAUAUAUGCAGUACAUAGAAAAUAGAACUUUUAUUUUGUGACCUAAGGACGAUGGUGAAAAGAUCACGUUUUCAAAACAAUCUGGUGAUCAGAAUGUUCAUAUACCAGCUGGUUUCUGAAGAGGUCAGAAUGAUCUUUCUCCAUACUGACUUUUAACAAUGUUGAUCAUUGAGGCUAAAUUAAUAUAUAUGACAUAUUCCUUUUUGAUGACACCACAAAAUUGUUGAACAGUUUAAGAAUUUCAACCUUAAUCUUGGAUCCCUUUACCUCAUAUGGAAGAACUUGAGGGACAUUAGUAUACUUUUUUUUAAGAUGGAGUCUCACUCUGUCGCCCAGGUUGGAGUGCCGUGGCAUGAUCUUGGCUCACUGCAACCUCCACCUCCUGGGUUCAAGCUAUUCUUCUGCUUCAGCCCCAAGUAGGUGGGACUCCAGGCACGCACCACCAUGCCUGGCUAAUUUUUGUAUUUUUAGUAGAGAUGGGGUUUCACCGUAUUGGCCAGGCUGGGACUCGAACUCCUGACCUUGUGAUCUGCCCGCCUCAGCCUCCCAAAGUACUGGGAUUACAGGCAUGAGCCACCACGCCCAGCCUAUUAUUUUUUAUUUUUUAGUGACAGAGUCUUGUUCUGUUGCCCAUGCUGGAGUGCAGUGGCGUGAUCAUAGCUCACUGCAGCCUUGAAUUCCUAGGCUCCAGUGAUCCUCUCACCUCAGCUUCCCCAAUAGCUAGGAUUACAGGUGUGUGGCCUCCCACCCCACCCCACCCUUCACACCUGGCUGAUUUUUCAAAAAAUUUUUUUGUAGAAACAGGAUCUCACCAUGUUGUCCAGCCUGGUCUCAAACUCCUGUCCUCAAGUGAUCCUCCCGCCUCAGCCUUUCAAAUUGCUGGGAUUACAGGUGUGAGCCACUCUGCCUGGCCUACCACUAACUUGAAUACAUUCAGAAUCACCUCCUUUCCCCAAAAUUUGUAGAAAUAGUUUUUGAGGAAACCAAAAGCAAAGCAGAAACCUUGACAGUAUUGUUUCUUUUCUCUUUGUUAGCUAUGUCAUUACAUCAAAAUACUAAGUCUGCCUAAACAUGUUCAUUGUACAUUUCUCAGGCUAUCAAUGAAUGGAGGUUUUUAAAAAGUUGAAUAUUUGUCUGAACAUUGUAUUUCAAAGUUCAAAAAAACAGAGGCUGUAAAAUUCAUUUUAUAAUGGCUAUUUUGUGAUGAUAAGAUGUAGUUCAUGUUUUUCUGUAGCACUGGGCCCAAAUAGUCUUUGUAAAGAAAAUCGCUGCAGCAAAAACUGUUACUGUGUUUAUUAUAUUUGUAGAAGUAUUAGAAAAAUAUUCUAUUUUUUAUUCAGUGCUACAUAAUUACCCAUGGUAGCCAACCCUACAAAAGACAGGUUUUCACAAAUUGAGGUGGAGGUGGGCAGUUCAGUAUCUGCCAUUGGACUUGAUUAUAAACCUCAUUUGAAUAUCAGUGGUAUUAUCUUUUAAGUUGUCUGCAGGUUACCAAGGUAUUCAUUAAAGAACUUGUAAUAUCAAAUUACUAUUUAUUCAUAACAAUUGAUGUGAUGCUAAUAAUAAUUUUCUUUAAACUGUACCAUUCAUUAUGUGGUAACUGUAUUGAACUUACUUUAUUUGGAUUUUAUUUUAAUGUGACUAGAUAUCACCACUUGAAAAAAUCAAUUUGUUCUUAGAACCUGGUUGAAAAUACCAGGAGACUGUUACAGAUGCCAAUUUUUUUUUUUUUUUUUUUUUUUUUUUUUUUUUUUGAGACAGAGUCUUGCUCUGUUACCUAGGCUGGAGUGCAGUGGUGUGAUCUCAGCUCACUGCAAGCUCUGCCUCCUGGGUUCACGCCAUUCUCCCGCCUCAGCUUCCCGAGUAGCUGGGACUACAGGUGCCUGCCACCAUGCCUGGCUAAUUUUGUUUUUGUAUUUUUAGUAGAGACGGGGUUUCACCGUGUUAGCCAAGAAGGUCUCAAUCUCCUGACCUUGUGAUCUGCCCGCCUUGGUCUCCCAAAGUGCUGGGAUUACAGGCUUGAGCCACCAUGCCUGGCCCAAAUAUUUUCUAUUCAGGAUGGUAUAACCUAACUGAUAAUAUGUAAUAAGGUUAAAUUUUUUUAUGAUGUGUUUUAUUUACAAAAUAUCAUACACUGCUGGUGUUAUCAUAUGAAAGGAAAUAAAGUCAAUUGAUAAUUGCC